AUGUCCAUGGCUCUUGCUCUUCCCCCAGGACCACCAUCCGUGCCCAUCAUCACUAUGGCCGUGCUCCUGUGGCGCUUCAACAGGAUGGUUUGGAACAGCAAUUGCUGUUGGACCGGGGUUGAUGGAAUAGACUGGGUAGCAAGUGAUCCCUCCGUAGCCCUUGGCGACGCAUGUGGUAGAAACCGGACACAAGACGUGCUGACAGUUGCGCUGCUUGGAGAUACCGAGGUUGUGAUGUCGAAAGUCUCAGAUGACCUCGUUCUCGAGCUGACACGAUCUGUUGAGCUCUGCCCGAAACCACUUGUGGUGGCGGUGGUGGCAGUGGAGAGCGUGCUUCCAGAGCUGGAUAUACUCCUGGAUGCACUGAACGUGGACGGAGAGUCAGUCGCCGAAGAAAGCGAUGCCAAUGAUGUAGCGCUUCCUGUGGUCAAUGUCGAAGAGCUGUCAUACGCGGUUGAUGAUGUUGAAAUCGACACAGUUGAGGAGCUUAGACUAGAGGUCACUGUCUCGCUUGUCAAUGUCGAAACAGCGUCGGUCCAUGAACUAGAAGAUAUCGAGCUGCUAGUCCAGAUGAAGCUUGAAAGCGAAGAGACUGUCGCCGUAGAUGAAGCAAUGCUUGACCCAGGUUGGGAUGUUGGCAAUGUGCUGCUCACAUCGGUUGAGAACCAGGUGGUCGAGCUGAGAACCGUUGUGGAGCUUGUGAAACUGCUAGAAGUAAGACCUGAUGUCGCCAAACUGGAAAUGCUCGUAUGUCUUGAGCUGGUGAAAGGACUAAUGGUGAUAGUGGAGUUCCAUUUGAACGAGGAGUGUGAUCGGGUAGAACUUGUCAACGAAACAGGUGUGCUACUAGAACUUCCGGAACUCGCGGAUCUCGUCUCCGAGGUUGAGCUGUGA